AUGACUUCGGGUGCAGCGGCUGACGUUAAAGGAGAUGAUAUUUCUUCAUUUCCAAACGGAGAGCAUAAAAACAAAGACAGUGAAGAACUCGAUUCGGGGAAUCAUUCUACUGCCAAUAGUCCAGACGUACCUAAACUAGAUCAAGAUCAAGGUAGUCUAUAAAUGAAAAAAAAAAAAAAUAAUAAGACGACCCUUUUUUAGGCGGUGAGCUGGCAAAUGGUGCCGUUCCUCUCGGUGACAAAACACUCAAGCUCAACAUUCAGCCAUCAGUAGGUGAACCUUUUGAGCUGCAGGUUUGGAUGGAAAUAAAAAAAUAAAUGACAAUUAAAAAUUAUAGGUGAACGACAAUGAGAUGGUACAAGAAUUAUAUCAAACGCUUCUUGAUCGUGACUCCACAUGUCAUAGAACUUGUUUUUCUCUUCAUUUCAAUGGACAACAUCUCGAUAGCUUUAUUGAACUUAAAAAUGUUCCGGACCUUGUUGACGGCAGUACCAUAAUUGUCAUUGAUGGUAGGAUAAAAAUAUGAUUCGAAAUUUAUUUAUUUUUGUUGCAGAGCCUUUUUCUGUGCGCGAAGCAAGAAUCCAUUUGAAACAUGUUCGUGAAUUGUUGAGAAGCGGAAUGGGCAUUGAUCCCAUGGAUGUUGCGUCAGCAGUUGAUUGCUCCUCCUUCACUUUCCUGCAGAAUAUAAACAUGCAAGACAAAAAAGAUGGCAAGGACGGGAAGAGCUUCGAUUGCGUUCCACCUGAUUUUGUCCUCCCUGGGACCAAGGUUUUAAAAUUUGAAGUUUUUCCUUCAACUCAGUUUCAGGAGCGUUCUUUGGCAUACUUGUUGCCAUCUCCUCCUCCGAAAAACCUGCUUGCCUUGAGAAACAUCUCAGUAUCUGCAUACAAUCCUCCACCAGGUCCAAGAAAGUUGAAGGGCGAUAUUCUCUACAUAAACGUCGAGUUAUGCGAGAAGAGACUUGUCCAUGUCACGUGUUGUACCAAGGUAGAUUUCGACAAGAUGAGAAUUUUUCCAUGCGAAAUAUUCAGGGAUUCUACGUGAAUGCAUCUACAGACGAUGUGUUCAAUCCUCUUCCUUCUGGUCAGUACAGAACAGUUUAUCACAGCCUUGUCGAGCUUUUGAACGCUGUGAGCCCCACAUUCAAGAAGGUGAGGAUAGUUUGAUUUAUUCAAUAUUAUGGUCUUUCCAGGUGUAUCCGUUGAUUCUCAAACGAAAGUCGGAACGAUCUCUGCUAGAAAGACUUCCUUCGACCUACCCAGUUUUCUCUUGGGUUUCGCCGGCUCUCCAAGGCUCCGAACUGUACUCUGAAGACUCGACGCGGUCCGAUGAGCUCUCACAGCCUUUCCGAGUAGGAUACGAAGGUGGGUUGUUUUUUUUUUCUGAUUUAAGAAUAAAUUGGGUUUUCAGACCAUUUGCCUGGGUCCAUUCGCGACUGGAACGAAGAGCUGCAAACGACUUUUGAGAUGUCGCGUGGUUCUAUUAUGGAACGUAUCAUCAGAGAUCGAAGCUACUUCAAAAUCCACAGUGAUUUCAUCAAUGCGGCUGUUCGAGUAUGUGCUCAAGCUCUACUUGUUGUUUUUUUAUCAAUUUUUUAUUUCGAAAAAAAGUUUUUUUUAAGCUCUAAAAACUCUUUUUAUUGGAAAGUAGACUUUUCAAGUUUCUGAAGUUUUAGAAUUUUUGAAAAUGAACUCCUGAAUUUUCUUAGUUCUCGGUUACCUUUUUAAAUUAUUUAAUGACUUGAGAUCUCUUCAGGGAGCAACUGCAGUGAUCGAUGGAAACGUCAUCGCUAUCAAUCCAGCCGAUGACCGCAAAACUCACAUGUUCAUUUGGCAGAAUAUCUUCUUCAGCUUGGGUUUCGACGUCAAGGAUCACUACAAAGUACCAACUUCUUGAGCUUCCCAGUCAUCCAUUUUUGAUCAGGAACUCGGAGGGGAUGCUGCCGCUUUUGCUGCGACAGCGGCUGAUCUCCAAGGCGUGAAAGCCUUUUCAACACUGGAAAAUUCCAAACUUUGCACUCUUGGAAUGGCUAUUUUCGACUACCGAGGGUAUCGAGUCACCGCUCAAAGCAUUAUUCCCGGGAUCUUGGAACGAGAACAGGUGCACGUUCCUCCCAAAUAUUUAUAGCUCGGUUUGAACAAAUAAUUUUCGGGAACUUAUUUUAUCGUUGAAUUUGAAAAGUCUCAAAGUUUGGUUCAAGCCAUUGCUCAAACUGACAAACUUACUUUAAGAUGAUAUUUUUCAGGAACAGUCGGUCGUGUAUGGCUCGAUUGACUUUGGAAAGAGCGUCGUAUCCGACGAACGCUACCACGGGCUUCUGGAAGCCGCUGCGCGAGAACUGAGAAUGAUGCCUCACGAAGUUAUUUCUGGCGCCGAAGGCAAUGAGAAAACUUUGAAGCUCUUCACGAGCUACGAGACGAAGGUACUUUACGAUUGCAGUCAGAAAAUCCCAUGGAAAUGUUUAGGGUAUCAUUGGAAAUGAUGGAAGAACUUAUGUUUUGGAUCUUCUUCGUACCAUGCCUCCUGACGUUCAUUUUCUGGAAAAUGCCGAGGUAUUUUUUUUAAAAAACAAACAUGAUAGUUUUAACUUGCAUCAACGAAAAAAUUUGAUAGUUAAGCUGAUGGUCCAACAAAAGCUCUGAGAGCUUCAGAGAAACGUAAGUAAACUGAAAAGAACUUAUUGAGCAAAUUAGGUUAUAGGCGAAAAAUUAUCAAUCAUAAACCUCCAGUACGUUGUUUAGUUCGUUCGUUUCAGUUCUUCAGUCGCUUUCAUGAACUAUUGAGGUUAUUUUGAUCUCGAGCGUGAAAGUUUCAAGUUUAUCGAAAGGUACUUCUGAUGUUCAUAGGUCGGUGAAGCUGCUAAGAAGGCAGGAUAUCCCAGAAAACUGCCGCACAAGCUGCCCGCAGUUCGACGAGAACUUGUCGACUUGUUCCACGAGAACAGGUGUCUGCAGUUCAUCAAGGUCGCUGCUCAGCACGUUCGCAACGCCAAGGAUGAGAAAACUGAAGACGAAGCUGUUCUCGGUGAGUUUCAACGGCAAAGCUAACACCAAUAGAAACGUUUGCAAAGACUAAUUUUUUUUUAUAUUUAAAUGGCAUAUGGACAUUUUAGUGAGCGUUUCUGAAAUGAUUUGAUGUUUUAGCCGAAGCGGAGAACGACUUGGGUCGUGUUCUGGUCGACAUCACGGAAGGAAGAGAACCCAACACGGAAAAUUCUGUCAUUGUUGCGGCACUCGCAAAGGUAUCAUUCAUUUUAUGAUUGAGUUAUAACUUUCGUUCAAAUUGAAGGCGGCCGUCAGUGCAGGAUCUCUUCGUGAUGAUUCUCUGGACAUUCGCUUCAAUCCUGACUGUUUCUCUACACUCGUUCGUCACGCUCCAGGACAGUCUUUGGAAAGGCAAAGAAAUCUGGUCAUCGAGGUUUUUCUCUGAAUUGUAGAACUCUUUCUCAGUUCAUUCAAUAGAUUUGCGAUUUCAUCCUCACUUCGCAAAUCCCCGAACUUGUGCAGCAAUGCCUCGAGUGCGUUAUCACGCCGAUAGACGGGGAAGGACUCUCGGAGCAGUUGCACAUGCGAGGAAUCAACAUCAGAUACCUCGGGGAAUUUGCCAAACAAGUUUGAAAAUUGAUUUCUCUCAUUCAUUUUUUUCAUGUAUUUUCUCGUUCAAGUACUGUUUAGAUGAGGUAUCGAAAGUGUGGUUUUCUAUUUCUAUCUCUAUUUCGGCUCUCUAUUUUAAGAAUUGUCUUCAUAUUUGCUAAACUUGCAAAUAAUCACGAAGAAUAGUUUAUUUCGGCUUCAGUUUUAUCAAACACUCUAUUUUCAUGCGCGUCUUUUUUUUCAAGAAGGUAGGAAACAUCUGAAAUCAAAAAUAGAAUGAUAAUUUCAAGCAAAGAGGACUACGUUUUUUUUCUCUAGUUUUCUUGUUCAGGUUGAUCCGUCAAGCUCUUUCAUCCGUACUCUAGUGUUUUCUGAACUCGUCUGUCGCAGUGCCAAGCACAUUAUUCGUCCAUUUUUAAACUCUGUGACCGCGGUGAGUUUUGAGAGUUUUCUGAAAAUGAAUAAAAAAUUUUUGUCAUGAAAGAAGUUUAUUUCUAGCUGUCUACAUUAUGAAUCUUCAAUCAUUCUCCUUAUCAGUUGUGAGAUUUAUUUCACAGCUCAAUCGCAAUCAGUUCAUUUUAUUCUGAAGUUUUGUAAUUAUUUUGCUUCGAAAUACGACCUGAAACUCGGAUUUAUUUAUCAGAUCAUGAGGUAGUUUUUGAACAGUAUUGUGGUUUCUUGCUUGAAUUAAAUCGGAAAAUUCAUGUUCAAUGAAUAGUCAGUUUCAGGAACAAUAUAGCUCCUGUGUGUCGCACUUGUUGAGUGCAGUUUUCGGCAGCGGUGUCGGCGAAAACGUUCCGAUGCCGAAUCUCACUGAGAAGACCAACAAAAAGGUUUAUCUUUGCAUUCAUUGCUCGAAGAAUUCUACUACUCAGAACAACAAAAAGGCGAGCGGAAAAAAGCGUGCGGCGAGUGGUGGGUGGACCACAGUCACCAGUGCUUCCAUUUGGAAAUCGAUUGUCGAUGAAUGCAAAUCCUACUUUGGAUACGAUCUCAAGGUUUCGUUUAUAUUUUUAUCUCUUCACUGUUUUCUCUUUUUUUUUAAGGCUUCUUCUCUUGAUGCAUUAAUCGAAUCUCAUGGCAUCCAGAAAAUUUCCUUGCUUCGUCGCGUUUGCAGAAGCCUCGGAAUUCAGUUGGCUGCCAAAGUAUGAAUCAGGAUAAUUUACUGAAACAUCUCUGAUUUUAGGACUAUCAAUUGGACUCGCCUAACAAGACUAAGUCUAUUUUCGGCGAAGACGAUAUCAACAACCUUUAUCCGGUCAUCAAGCAUCAGAAUGUGAGAUUUUCGAUUUUUCUACAGCUUGCACCAAUCAACAUUCAAGAAUGUUUUCAGAUUAGGUUUAGGAGACUUAUAAAAUUUUUGUUUAAAAUAAUAAUUUCAAAACUUCUUGAUGUAAGAUCCAUUUUUUUUUUCACGGUUCCCAAAAUUCGAAUUUCGCGUAUUUUGCGAAAUCAUUUUUGAACAGAAACGACGCCAAUUUUGUAAUGACAGAGAUCAAUUUGAACAAGGCAUCGUUUGCUGUGUCAGUCACUGACUCGAGUCACUUAAAGUCGUAAUUUUCCAAGUCGCUGAAGUGAGUUUCCUUCCAGCCUUGGACUAUGGACGCCAAAAAGCUUUACGGCCGCGGGCAGCAGGCAAUGCAGCUGGGGCAGGCUCGCGAAGCCUUCGACUGCAUCGCCGAAUCUGUGAGUUUCCGUCCGAGUGACGUCAGUUCCUCUUUUGAAGGUCAACCUCAUGACUUCCGUCUAUGGCGCCAUGCACGCGGAACUCGCCCAGGCUCUUCGUUGUCUUGCUCGUCUUUCUCAUGUUCUUCACGAUUCGACGGAUGUACGUACCUUUUUCAAUUCGUUUCAUAUUUUACAUCCUGUUCAUUCCAAAUAAUUUUCGAUAAUUGGGUCCUGUUUCAUUUUCACUACAUUUGGAGCCGCAUUUGUUUAGGGGCUGCCAAAACUAUUACAUUUUCAGCUGAGAAGGCUCAUUGGCGGCUUUAUUUCCAGAACUUUCUUAUAUGUUUUGCCUGUGGAAAUUUUCUUCGUAUAUCGGGAAGAAAGAAUUAUUUAGGCGCUGAAUCACCAACACAAGGCUACGAUGAUGAGUGAACGAGUCAACGGCUUGGACAGUGGAAACACGAUCAUGGAAUAUGUGAGAUCGAUCCUGCAGUCGAUGUAUUUGUUCAACGAUUGUUUAGGUCAACCUGGCGCACUUUGCCUUUGCUAAUUUGCUCAUAAAUGCUUCGCUUCGUUUGUUGUACCGCGCCCGUUAUUUGCUUCUCAUCAACUAUGGAGAGAAGCACCCGAUUAUGGCCCAAAUCGAUGUUUGUUUUCGAUUAUUUUUUCUCCAUCGAUAAUUUUUAUCUUCAGUCCAACAUCGGCGUUAUUCUGUUUGCCAUUCAAGAAUAUGAAAGCGCGUUGAAAUUUCUGAACUCGGCCGACUCCAUCUCGAAGGCCGUGGGAGAGCCGAAAAAGCUUAAGGUAUUUGGAAAAGAUCAAGAUGAAAAGGUUGAAUUAAUUCCAGACGGCUCUGAUCACACACAUGAUCGCGCGAGUCCACGCGUCGCGUGGCGAUUUCCGAGCAGCACUCGUCGCCGAGAAGGAGACCUACUCGACCUACGUCACUCUGUUCGGGGCCGACAACGAAAGAACGAAGGAGUCGAGUGACUACCUGGGUAUCCUCACUCAGCAGGCCGUCACCUUCCAGAAGAAGAUGAUGGACGCCAACAAGAGCAGCUCCAUCUCGCAGCUUCUCCCUAUUCAGGUUAGUUUUUGGUGGUAUGAAAAAAAGGCAGCGAAAAUUCAAACGGCGACUUUCCCAAUUUUUUCGUAUCGCUAGGGAACUUUCCGACGGCCACCUUUCCGAAGAAUCUUUUUCCGACUUUUUUCCCUUAUAUUUUUCGGUUUAUAAAACAUCUAUAAACAUUUUUUUUCCUAUUUCUUUGUGUUUUAAUCAUGAACCAACUACCUACUUUAUAUAGGAAGCUUUGAAACGAAGAUUUUAUCGAGAAAAAAAGUCGGAAAAAAUUUCAUCGGGAAGGGGGUCGUCGGGAAGUUCCCUAGCGAUAUGAAAAAAUCGGAAAAGUCGCCGUUUGAAAUUUCGCUGGUCUUUUUUUCAUACCACGUAGUUUUCAUUUCCCAGUUAUACUCUACACGGAGAAGCAAUAUCGCCGCUCAGAAAAAGUCGUCUAAUUGAUCUCAGAAAUUAAUUUAUUGAAUAUAGCGAGGUACCUUCAUGGGCCCCUAUGGUUGUUACUAGAGUUCUCAAAAUGACCAAUUGAAAAAAAUGACAUUUUUCAAAAACGAAAAAUUUUCUUUUUGACAUUUCAAACGAAUGUCGUUUUUUUGAAAGAUCAACCAAAAUUGAUCACUUUCAUUCUUUUUCAUUUUGUGACUUUUUUCAAAUAAUGACUGAAAAAAAUAGAUGGUCAUUUUUCUAAACAAUCAUAUUCUGACUAGUAAAUAAAUGUUCGUCUUAAUGACCAAAUUUUUUUCAAAGUGAAAAGUAAAUGGUCACUUUUUUUCGACCAAAAAUUUUUCGAAACGAAUUUUAAAUGUUUACUCUUUUGACCAAAAAUCUUCAAAAUGAAAUUUAAAUGUUCAUUUUUUUAACCAAAAAUUUUUUUCGAAAAAAAUAAGUAAUUGUUCAUUUUUUUAUCAAAUGCUUAGUUAUAAAAAUUUAACCAAAAUGAAGUUUUUUUAACAAACGGUUCAUGUGAAAUUUAACUAAUUGGUCGAAUUCAUCAAACGUUCGGAAAAUGUUUGGUUGAACGUUCGUUCAAACAUUUACUUUUUGAGAACUGCCACUCUGGAGUUCCUAAAGAUAAUAAUAAAAAUAGACUUGCAGAUCCAAGCGCCCUCGCUUUCGUCAAUCCUCGAGGUGCUGAACAUUCUCAACGGCUUCAUCAUCAUCCCCAUUUCUCCUUCUUUCGCGAUGAGACCCGAACCUGGUUCGGAUAGCGAAGAAGCGGAGGCCGAGAAGAGCAAAGCCUUGAACCAACAGCUCGAAAACGAAGGACUCGACUGA